AUGGCCUCUGGUUUUGAUCGUGGCAAAGAGGAAAUCCUGCCUCUGAAAGAAGACUCCUCACUCUCCAUAUCCAAGAGCAAGUCAGAAACCAAGCUCUAUAAUGGCUCAGAUAAAGACGUAUCGGUGUCUGGAAACAAACUUACUAAGAAGGAGUCACUCAAGGUGCAAAAGAAGAACUACAGAGAAGAGAAGAAACGCGCCACUAAAGAGUUGCUCAGCACCAUCACCGAUCCGUCUGUCAUCGUCAUGGCCGACUGGCUCAAGAUCCGAGGCACGCUGAAGAGCUGGACCAAGCUGUGGUGUGUGCUGAAGCCAGGAGUCCUGCUCAUCUAUAAAACCAAUAAGAACGGCCAGUGGGUCGGGACCGUCCUGCUCAACGCCUGCGAGCUCAUCGAGAGACCCUCCAAGAAGGACGGCUUCUGCUUCAAGCUCUUCCAUCCGCUCGAACAGUCCAUCUGGGCCGUCAAGGGUCCUAAAGGAGAAGCCGUGGGCUCCAUCACUCAGCCGUUACCCAGCAGCCACCUGAUCUUCAGAGCAGCUUCAGAAUCAGACGGCCGCUGUUGGAUGGACGCUCUUGAACUGGCUCUGAAAUGCUCGAGUUUGCUGAAGCGAACGAUGAUCCGAGAGGGCAAAGAGGAGACGGCGCAGACCGCAGAGCACUCGCACAUCAACUUCUACAGUCUGCUGAGGGCACACAACAUGCAGGGCUUUCAGUUUAACGACAGCGACCAGUUUAAGGAUCCAGACCUGUACUCAGAUAAAUCGGACCGUGAGAACGAGCAGGAGCAGGAGGAGUGGGAAAACGAGGUGAUGGAGAAAAGUGAAGAGAGCGACAGCGACACGUCAGAGCGUCAGGAAGACUCGUACAUCGACCUCGAUCCCAACGAGACGCUGCGGGAAACAACGUACAUCGAGCAGAGCCACGAGGAGCUGGGAGAGGCUGGUGAAGCGGCUCAGACAGAGACGGUAUCAGAGGAGAAUAAAUCUUUGAUCUGGACUCUCCUGAAGCAGGUUCGGCCCGGCAUGGACCUGUCCAAAGUGGUGCUGCCCACCUUCAUCCUGGAGCCACGGUCCUUCCUGGACAAACUGUCCGAUUACUACUAUCACGCCGACUUCCUGUCCGAAGCGGCAGUGGAGGAAAACGCUUAUAACCGUAUGAAGAAAGUGGUCAAAUGGUACAUUUCUGGAUUCUACAAGAAGCCAAAGGGUUUGAAGAAACCAUACAACCCCAUAAUUGGAGAAACAUUUCGCUGUUUGUGGAUCCACACCGAAACCAACAGCAAAACCUUCUACAUCGCUGAACAGGUUUCCCAUCAUCCUCCGGUUUCAGCCUUUUACGUCAGCAACAGGAAGGAUGGCUUUUGUCUCAGCGGCAGCAUCCUGGCCAAGUCCAAGUUUUACGGAAACUCUCUGUCGGCCAUCUUGGACGGUGAAGCCAGGCUAUCGUUUCUGAACAGAGGAGAGGAUUACGUGAUGAACAUGCCCUACGCACACUGCAAAGGGAUCCUGUACGGGACUAUGACUCUGGAGUUGGGCGGUCAGGUGUCCAUCGCCUGUGAGAAGACGGGCUACAGCGCUCAGCUGGAGUUCAGACUCAAGCCGUUCCUCGGCAGCAGUGAUAGCGUGAAUCAGAUCAGCGGGAAGAUCAAGCUCGGGAAGGAGGUGCUGGCGACACUUGAGGGGCACUGGGACAGUGAAGUCUUCAUCAAUGAUAAGAAGACGGGUGAGAUGGAGACGUUCUGGAACCCGACGCCGGAGCUGAGGCAGAACCGUCUGAUCCGCUGCAACGUCCCUCCUGAAGAACAGGGCGAGUUUGAGUCCGAGAGGCUGUGGCAACAUGUGACACGGGCCAUCAAUAACAAGGACCAGACAGAGGCGACCAAUGAGAAGUUCAUCCUGGAGGAGGCUCAGAGGAAGGCGGCACGCGAGCGCAAGGCCAAGUGUGAGGAGUGGAUGCCCGCUCUGUUCGAGCAGGACCCGGUCACCGGAGAGUGGCAUUACCGCUACGCCGACACUCGUCCGUGGGAUCCGCUCAACGAUCUGAUUCAGUUCGAGAAAGACGGCUUUAUUCAGACCAAAGUGCGCCACAGGACGCCUAUGGUACGUUCAGCCAGUGUAGUUAGUCUCAGUACCCAGCAGGGCUCCCGGAGGGACAAUUACCUGAGCCAGGUGACGGGACCAAAGCGGAAACAUAAGAGUGACAAACCUAAAAGUCCAGAAAGUGGCUGCUCGUCUCCGGAGCCGGACCGCCAGGACUCUUCAGGCAGCGAGAGGCACAAGUGCAAACACAACAGCCGCCUCAGAAAGAAAGGAACAGAUCUGAGUGAAAUCCAAAGUGCCAUUGAGUCGAUCAGACAAACCCAGGAAGACAUUAACAGGUCCUUCUCAACUUCAUCUUUAAGUAACGGUCGAGAAUGA